AUGGGGAUGGGUUUGAUAGAGUAUGAUACCAUGGAGGAAGGAUACAACAAGGGUUACUCCAUUAUUGAGUACUUGAAGGAUGUGUGCUUGCUGGAAACCGGCUACUUGGAUGAUAGUGAGGUGAGAGUACAUGACAUUAUCCGGGACAUGUCACUGUGGAUAUCUUCUGAUUGCAGUGAAGAGCACAUGAAAUGGUUUGUUCAAGCCGGGGUAGGACUUUAUAACAUUUCUAAUAGGGACAUCGAAACAUUUAGGUCAGGUAGAAAGAUAUCUCUAAUGUGCAAUUACAUCCCCGAACUUCCUCGGGCCUUGAACUGUCCAAACCUCUAG